UGUGGUUACGUUUCUUGUUAAGGGAUCUCUUAACUUAGGUCAUCCCCCCAAUGUUUUGGAAACAAUGACGUUCGCCGAUCAGCUGCAAUUAGUCGGAAAGUUUGAGCGGGUGAUGUUAACUGAGACCAAACUAGGGCAGAGUAGCCAGUCCGUGCGCGCCAGGAGUUGUGUCAGUUUCAGGUGAGAAUUUUAUCAGUUUCAGGUGCAUUCAGGAAGGAGAUCGCCGACCGGCUCUCACCACCUGGUGAAGGGAUGGGAUCGAGUGGCUAUGGAUCGGAGCUACUCCUGCCUCUCAGCGAGAGGCUGCGUUUACCCAUAGAACAGGUAAAUUUUGCAAUGUGCCAACUGUUUGGACUGCUCGCAGCUUUUUUAUUUCGUAACUACCUCCACCCGAGCAAGACCAGCUACACCAUCAGGCAUGUGAUAGUCACCCUCUUGGGUCUUCACUUUGCAUUCUUCUGCUUCGGCAGUUAUGCUGUUCACUUUCUGGGAGAGGUAAUCCUACUGUAUUGUGUUAUGGUGACUGUACAUAUGAAGAGCAUUCACAAGUACAGUUUCCUGGUAGCAAUGGCAUAUCUGACUAUCUGUCAGAUCAUCCGAGUCUAUGUGUUUGAUGGUGAAGAACGGUCUGCUGACUUCUCAGGGCCAUUGAUGGUGAUCACACAGAAAAUAACAAAGUUGGCAUUUGAACUUCAUGAUGGUCUGGCCCGCGACGAAAAUGAACUGAAUCCAUCGCAGAAACGUUUAGCAGUGAGGCGAAUACCAAGUUUACUUGAGUACUUAAGCUACAACCUCAACUUCAUGGGAAUCCUUGCAGGACCUCUGAAUUCGUUCAACGAUUACAUCAACUUCAUUGAAGGCAGAAAUUUUGAGGUCGGAACGAACUAUCUUGCUAAUGGGAAGAAGAGCAACAAGUAUCCCCCUGAUGAACCUUCAUCUCUGGGUGCUGUGGGAUGUAAGAUACUGAUCUGUGCCCUGUGUGUGUUUAUGCAUCUGUCGCUUUUGGAAGUAUUUCCCGUCUCCUACAAUACAGACGACACCUUUAUUGUCACAGCUCCGGUCCCUGUGCGCUUGCUGUAUCUCUAUAUUUCCCUCCUCGCCUGCAGACCCAAGUAUUAUUUUGCAUGGACGAUUGCUGAUGCCGUCAAUAAUGCCGCAGGGUUUGGAUUCACUGGAUAUGACAGUGGCGAUAAGCCUCGCUGGGACCUGCUCUCCAAUCUUAACAUCGUCAAAGUAGAGUUUGCAACAAGCUUGAAGAUGUUUAUUGAUAAUUGGAACAUACAAACAGCUCUGUGGCUCAAAGAAGUCUGUUAUGAUCGAUGUCCAUUCAAUCCUACAAUGGUGACAUUCCUUCUAUCUGCACUAUGGCACGGUGUUUACCCUGGCUACUACUUCACCUUCAUCACAGGAAUGUUCAUGACACUGGCAGCGAGAACAGUUAGAAACAAUUUGAGGCCCUGUUUCCUAAAAUCACCAACACGCAAGGCAUUCUACGAUGUGGUGACGUGGGCGACUACACAGGUAGUUGUGAGUUACACUGUGGCACCAUUUGUCCUCCCAUUUGUGGACUCAUCAUUCAAGUUUUACAGGAUUUGGUACUUCGGUUUGCAUAUUAUCGCUAUUGUCCUUAUCCUGGUGUUGCCAAAGAAACCAAACUGUAUGUCCAAGGAACAACACCAGCUCCAAGUGGCUAAACAAACAUUGAUGAAGCACCAUUGCAAUGGGCAACAGAAUGGACAAGCAAUUGUGGACAGCAACCAAAACCAUCAAAUGAAGAUUGAUUAGUGGAGAAAGGGACACUAAGAACUUGGGAGGAAGGAGAACGUUUGAUGGACUAUUUUAUACAAAAAGUUGCAGCCAAAGAAAUCUCAUUCCCAAUAUCCUUAAUGUUAUUUGCAAUACUGUUGAAAGCUGCUCCUCAAUUCAGUGUUGGCUGAAGGAAGUAUUUUUUGGUUAUUAAGGACUAAUUGUGCAAUAAUCAAACCUUUGGAGGGGCAUUUAAAAGCCCGCUGUACCUAUGAUGGGGGGAGAGAAUUGAGGAGAGGAGGGGGAUGAAAUUGCUUCAGCCCCAAAACCCAAACCCUACUUGAUUUCAUAAGGUACUUGUUUGCGUUUUGACCGACAUGGAUGUCGAGCUGUCCAAGUAAGUCACUCAUUAUAGUAUUUAAAUGAGGCUGCUGUCCUGAUGUUUUGGCAGUGAUUUGAAAUCAACACCGUCUGCAUCGUUUUCCUGGGGUUCGGGAAACAUGGCAGCUAAAAGGAGGCAGGAGCAGUCGGAUCCUGGAGGUAAGUGCCUACUUUGAGAGCCAGGAAGGUUGCUUCCCUCCCCUGACCCCAGCCUGUCAAGCAAGUCUUCCAUUGUGAUUGGACAGCCCCAUAACCAUCCCCCUCCACCGCCCCCCCCCACCCCUGCCACCCCAACACCCACCAAUCCCCGGUCUAUCCUGAUUGUUGGGGACCUUCUGUUGCUGGCUUUCCCAACGAGCCGCUGGCCAAACUCUCAAUCUGGCUGCCUGCCCGACGGGAAACGAAGGAAAAAAAUUCAGCAGGGCCUCCCCAUUUCCGGGUGUCCCCCUGUCCCCCUGCAACUUCACUCCCCUGCGCUGCCUCUGCCCCACUGUACAGAUCUCGGCCUUUUGACUCUCCUCGAUCGGUUUUAAUAUUGAUAACAUUCCUCCUGGAAAAACUACACACCACAAUUUGCACCUUAAAUACAUCAGACUAAGACUUUAAAACAUAAAAUAGCACCCUUGCCCUUUGAGCUGCACAUCCUGCAUCAAGGGUAUAAAACUCUAGUUCAGCCCCUGAUGGAGUACUAUGUCCAGUUCUGGACACCGCACUUUAGGAAAGAGGCCAAGGCCUUGGGGGGUGAGGGUGCGGAAGAGACUCACUGGAAUGGGAUGAGCAAUUUCUGCUCAUUCAAUGUGGAGAGACCAGAAAAGCUGCGGUUUUCCCGCUUAGAACAGAGAAGAUUAAGGGAAGCUUUAAAACAAGUGUUCAAAAUUAGAAUGGAUUUUGCUGGAAGAAUUAGGGAGAAACUGUUUCCACUGGCAGGAAGGUCAGUAACCAGAGGAUGUAGAAUUAGGGUAUUUGGCUAAAAGAACCAGAGAGGAGAUAGGGAUUUUUUACAUUUAAUUCAGUGGGUUAUGAUGAUCUGGAAUGCAUUGCCUGAAGGAGUAGUGGAAGCAGAUUCAAAGGUAAUUUUCAAAAGGGAUAAAAUUUGCAAGGCUACAGGGAAAGGGCAGGGGUUGGAAUUAAUUCAAU